ACUGCGGUGUGGGGAGGUUUUGGCCUUCCGGAGGAGAGGGGCGUUGGGAGGGCGAGCAGGUCGCGGGAGGGGUACAGCCUGCGUAGAUCAGAGGGCAGAGAUCGCCCAGUGACCCUACGCUGAGCGUUGGAAAGGUGCCGCCCGUGGGAACCGUCGUGCUUGACCUGAGGCGAGGCUUAGACAGCCUUACUCCCCGGUCUCCAGAACCACUAGGAUCCUCCCCUUGGCCGUGGACCACGUCCACAGGGUCGGGGGGUUACUCGGUGGGGCCUCGGGGCGCCCCUCACCCGUCUGAGGGCGGGACUUCCGGUCAUGGCCCCUACCUGGGCGGGAUUUCCUGUUUUCUUCCUAGAGGAAUGGGUCUUCCCUGGACCCCCGGGCGAAGAGGGGAGGUUUUCCAGCGGUAGGGAAAGACCCGAGGCAUUCACCUGUUCCUGGCCACAGGUGCAUCUUCGAGUUCCUCCCACCUUGGGGUGGGGGAAGUGUUACUUCCAGGUUGACAGGUGGUUGGAAGGGACUUCACUAGCGUCCCUCAUUCCUUGCAGGACUUUUCCUCUUUCCUCACUCCUGGUGUCAGCUUCCCCACCUCCUCACCUAACCCUAAAAGACCAAAUACUUUACCUCUCUUUUGCCCUUUUUAUGGGGGGCAGGUCUCACUUCCCUCUCACGCUGAUCUUAAACGCCUCCGUUUGGAGGGAGGAGGGUCUUCCACGUCGGAGCUCGGUGAAAGAUACAGUACUUCCUGCAGAAGCUGGAGUGUUAAGUGACUCUCCCAUUGGAGCCACUCUCCUUUUGAGUAACCCGCUCCACAGAGCCCCCAGGCCUUGGCAGAGAGGGCGCGGAUGGCGUCAGGGCGCCCCGAGGAGCUGUGGGAGGCUGUGGUGGGGGCUGCCGAGCGCUUCCGGGCCCGGACCGGCACGGAGCUGGUGCUGCUGACGGCGGCGCCGCCCCCGCCGCCCCGCCCGGGGCCCUGCGCCUACGCGGCCCACGGUCGAGGGGCCCUAGCCGAGGCCGCCCGCCGCUGCCUCCACGACAUCGCCCUGGCCCACCGGGCAGCCGCCGCCGCCCGGCCCCCCGCGCCCCCACCAGCACCGCAGCCGCCCAGCCCCGCACGGAGCCCAUCCCGGCCUGCCCUGGCCCGGGAGGAGGAUGAGGAGGACGAGGACGAGCCAACAGAGACAGAGACCUCGGGGGAGCCACUGGGCAUCAGCGAUAACGGAGGACUCUUUGUGAUGGACGAGGACGCCACGCUCCAGGACCUGCCCCCCUUCUGUGAGUCGGACCCUGAGAGCACAGACGAUGGCAGCCUGAGCGAGGAGACCCCUGCCGGCCCCGCAGCCUACUCAGUGCCCCCCGCCUCAGCCCUGCCCGCACAGCAGUAUGCCAAGUCCCUGCCUGUCUCCGUGCCCGUGUGGGCCUUCAAGGAGAAGAGGACAGAAGCGCGGUCAUCUGAUGAGGAGAACGGGCCGCCCUCCUCGCCGGACCUGGACCGUAUCGCGGCGAGCAUGCGCGCGCUGGUGCUGCGGGAGGCGGAGGACACUCAGGUCUUCGGGGACCUGCCGCGGCCACGGCUCAACACCAGUGACUUCCAGAAGCUGAAGCGGAAAUACUGAGGCCCAGGGAGGGAGCUUCCCGCCCGGCGCCCGCCCCACCCAACACUACACCCCCGCCCCGCCUCCGGGGUCUGCCAAUCCGAGUCAGAGCUGGGACCGGCCUCCCACGGUCCCUGGCCCCAGGAUUGACCCGUCCCUGGUCCCUGCGGAUCCCCACCGCCCUUCCGGCCCCCAGCGGCUCCAGCGCCUGUCCAGUUUCCCGAUUGGGUCUGUCUUCUCUCCGCCCAGCGACAGAUUCUUUCUAUUAAGGGAUUGGCGUGGUCCCGCAUCAGGGCGCGGCCAGUUGACUUAAUAGGUCAACUCUGUCGUUUUCUGCCUAGCAACAAGGGCUUUGCUUUCACGGCAUUGGCUCCGUUCCCGAAAGAGCACAGUCAAGCUGCAGGAUUGGGUAGUAGCCCCCCACUUCAGCAUAGUGAAUGGGCAGUUCCUUCGUUUGAUUGGCUCGAACACUGUAAAGGGCUUGACCAAUAUCCCAAGAGUCCUGUCCACCUCGAGUUACCCCACCUGAUUGGCUCCAGCCUCCUGGGGGCGUGGCCAACCCCCUUUGCCCAGGAUUGGCCUGUGGCCUUACAUUUACAGUCUUUACACUACUGGGGCUGGGGUCGUUUUUUGGCUCAGUCCUGACAAUUGUCCCUCUGGCCCCCUCAAGGACGGCCUAAUCCUGUUCCUGCGUCUGACACGCUCUCAUUGGUUUUAUCACAACUGCCUGCCAAUCAAAACCCGUCCUUGUGUCCAGGACGUUACCAGCUCCCGCCCCUCUCCCCCCACCCCCACAGGUGCCUUAAAGGCCCUCGUCCACCCAAGGUGGAGGGCAGGGGGCCUCACUCUCCGGCCCUGGUGUGGGGGAGAGAAUGGGGGGUCGGGAUCAGGAGUUGAGAGGGGCGCUCUGAGAUUAAAGAGUUUUACCUCUGACAAAUGA